GGCCAUGUCACGAAUUAUUUCACGGGAUUUUGCGUCUUUCUCGGUCGUGCCGCAAGAUGUCGCAUAAUCGCCAGCAUUACUCGAUACUGUCUCGAUCAUGCGAAAUCUAGCGGCUCGACUGAGAAAGAUGCUAAAUACUGUGAGAUGCGUGAGAUUUCCUAUCGUGAACGAUCGUGAAGAUUCCUCGUGCGUCAAGUAAUAAAGUCUUUAAAUUCUCAAGAAUUAAAGUUUAAUAAAGGCCCAACCAAGUAGCUUGAAGGGUGAUUGGAUUGAGUCAUGUCUCUGCCUGUUGUACGCGGAGAUGUAAAAAACGCCCGGGUGUUUUUUACAAACGAAGAAUGGGAUAAAAUUGCCUUGUAUUUGGUUGGGAAUAAUACCCGAUAUCGCGAAAAUAUUAUAAUCCCAAGAAUGAUGGGUCCUGUUAAAAUAAAGUCGAACGAAGAAAAAAUGAUAGAAACUUUUUUUGAAAGCUGCACAUUUAAGACUGGCAUGAGUUGCGUUGCAGGUUAUCUUCUUGGUGGCGUUUUGGGAUUGUUUUCAUCCAGUGUGAAUCCCACCGUACCUUUACCAGAUGCUAAACCCCAGACAGCCAGAGAAGUUUUCAUGGAAAUGAAAGGAACAACAUUAAGUUACGCAAAAAAUUUUGCGUUGAUCGGUGCUCUGUUUUCUUCCAUCGAGUGCACUAUUGAAUCGUAUCGAGGAAAAUCAGAUUGGCGUAAUGGUACCUAUGCUGGUGGUAUUAGUGGUGGUUUAAUAGGGUUAAGAGCUGGUUGGAAAGCUGCAGCCUUCGGUGCAGCUGGAUUUGCAGCGUUUUCUACUGUUAUUGACUAUUACAUGCACCAUUUAUUUUAAAAUACAUCGUUGUAAAUAUGUAUAUAAUGUUAUAUUACUGAGAAAAUUAAAAAAAAUAUUACUUUAAUGUGUGUAUUUUUCUUAUAAACCUAGUCUGUUCCUUCAGGUUGCAAUGAUAUACAACAAUCGUAACUCCUCGAGAGCCGAAUUGGUCAAGACCAUGCGAGGGUAUCAGAAAGACAUUACUCCGAACUCAGCCGAAGAGC